GGGUCCUCUCCUCUGAUCAGCUCAAGCCAUCACCAGCUUCGUCACCCAUAUACUUUUCACUGACAAAAUCUAUCUCCAUCAUAGGCAUCUUUAGCAGUUGAAUAAGUUCACAUCCAUGGCUUAUUAUUAAUAAUCCUAUUAUUAAUUUGUUCUGGUGAAGCGCAUUUUCCACGCCAUAUAAGUGCUAGGAGUUUAAGCCAAUUAGCACUUGCAAAUUCACUCAACUAUCUAGACAACGAUGGACCAUCCUAAUAUAGGAAAGGUCAACCAGAAAGGAGAAGAAAUCAGAUACAGAGGCGUUAGGAGGCGGCCAUGGGGGAAAUUUGCAGCGGAGAUACGUGAUUCGACAAGGCAUGGAGCAAGGUUAUGGCUAGGGACUUUUAACACAGCAGAAGAGGCUGCAAGGGCUUAUGAUGGAGCUGCAUAUGCAAUGAGGGGUCCUUUAGCAAUCCUUAACUUCCCUGGGGAAUAUCCUAAAACUAAGGUUGAUUCUGAUAUAACUUCAUCUUCCAUUUCGUCUUCACCAUUGUCAUCAUCGUCAUCAUCCUCUGCUUCAUCUUCCUCAAUGUCACAGAACGCAGAAAGAAGUGGGAUUGGACGAGGAAAAGAAGUCUUUGAGAUUGAGUACUUGGAUGAUAAGUUAUUGGAGGAUCUUCUUGAUUUCGAGGAAGAAAAUAGUAAGAUAUCAGAGUGAAUCUUGCUUUCGAAUCACAAAUGAAUAUUCGUGUGAAGGGAAAGGACUGCUUUUCCCGCCUCUAGAAAUUAUGAAGCUUUUAUUUUGUGCCCCCCGACCAGACAAAAAUUGGCUGCUCCUAUGUAAUUUCAGUAUCUAUUACAAGUAAGAUUAAUAAUCAGAAUAUGGUAAUUCCAAUUCCUCUUCUUUUUUUUUC